CAAUCAGAAAAUGAUGUUGGUCGCUAAGUUCAGGUACAACCCUUUUCAAAUUCUUCAUUCUUCUUCAAUUAUUAUUUUUUCAUUAUUUUCUAACACCACCAAAACAACAACGCCGAUACCCAACCCUGUUAGAACCGCAACAUUUGGAUUAUAUUCUACCCACACAUUUAUAAAUAAUAAUUAUAAUAAUGAAAUCAUUGACAAAGAACAACAUGUGUUAGAUCAGUUAUCUGUUUUGUUACCAAUCAGACAUCAAAACAAACAUUUAAUUCCAAAGGAUAAAAAUGAUGAUUUCAUGUUAUUGUCGGAUGAAGAUAAGUUAAGAGGUAUAUUUAUUCAAAAAUUAAGAGGCAAAAAUGCUAUUAAAAACGCCUUAUCCGCGAUUAAUGUUAAUCUUACUUGUGACUUAGUUAAUAAGGUUUUGAACAAAAGGGGUUGUAGCUGUUUAGAUGCCGAGUCCAUGGUUACGUUUUUCGAGUGGGCGGUUGAGACCGGGACUAAAAACGCAUCAUUUGAAGAGAAUGUUGAUAGUUAUAAUCUGGUUUUGAAAUCGUUAGGUAGACGGAAGUUUUUUGAGGAUAUGAUUAGUGUGUUGAGUAAGAUGAGGGGAAAAGGUGUGGACCCGGAUUACGAGACGUUAUUUGUUGUUAUGGAUGCUUAUGUAAAGGCGGGGAGGGUUGCGAAAGGUUUGGAUAUGUUUAAGAAGUUGGAGGAGUUUUUCGGGAUGAGAAGUGGUAAUUUGGAGUGUUUGAAAGUUGUGCUUAGGUGUCUGUGUCGGCGUGGUUAUGUGGCAAAAGCGAGUUCAUUGUUGAGUAGAAUUAAAGAGAAGGUAGGUAGGUUUGAUGGUGAGACGUAUAAUAUUGUGAUAUGUGGGUGGUGUAAGCGUGGGAGGGUUGAUGAAAUCGAGAGGGUUUUGAAGGAAAUGGUGGAGGAUGGGUUUGAUCCUGACGGGUUGACAUAUAGUUAUUUGCUUGAGGGGUUAGGGAGAGGUGGGCGGGUUGAUGAUGCGGUUAAAAUCUUUGAGAACGUGAAAGAGGAGAAAAUGUGUGUUUUGGAUGUUGGUGUUUAUAAUGCGAUGAUUUUUAAUUUUAUUUCGAUUGGAGAUAUUGAUGAGUGUUUGAGAUAUUAUUCGAGGAUGUUGAGUGACAAGUGUGAACCGAAUGAGGAAACUUAUGUGUCGAUAAUUAAAGCCUUUCUUAAGGCUCGAAGGGUUGCAGACGCUAUUGAAAUGUUUGAUGAAAUGUUGGGUAAAGGGAUUGUGCCUGCCAUAGGGACGGUAACCUCGUUUAUUGAAACUCUCUGUGGUUAUGGACCACCACACGCUGCUAUGAUGAUUUAUAGAAAAGCAAAAGACGCAAAAUGUAUGGUGUCAGUAAAUGCUUACAAGAUCUUGCUUAUGAGACUUUCAAAAUUCGGUAAAUGUGGUAUGCUUUAUGAAUUAUGGGACGAAAUGGGACAGAGUGGUUAUGUUUCUGAUGUAGAGGUUUACGAGCAUAUCAUCAAUGGGCUUUGCAACAAUGGUCAACUUGAAAAUGCUGCAGUUGUCAUGGAGGAUUGUCUGAAGAAAGGGUUUUGCCCUAGUUCACUUAUAUGUGCCAAGUUAAAUAACAAACUUAUGGCGUCGAAUAAGGUAGAGAUGGCUUAUAAACUAUUUUUAAAGAUUAAAAGAAGCCGUCGGGAUGAAACUGCGCAGAAAUACUGGAGAGCUAAAGGGUGGCACUUUUGACUUUUCACUGUUAUAAGUUGUGGUUAUGCAGUACUUGAGUGUUCACAUCGCUGGUGGACCUUCUUGCAGAUCUUUGCAACUUAGCCGGUGCCUACGCAUUUUCUCAGGAAGAUGAAGUCCUUGACAGACCUACCCAUUGACCUUCUGAACAUAAUUUUCACGAUAUUAGCAGCAUCUACUACUGGUUUUAGAGACUUGGCACUCAUUUCAGCAACAUGCAAGCAGUUUAAGAACCUUUCCGAACAACCACAUAUCCUAAGGAAAAUCAAUUUUUGCAUUGUGUGUGUUGGCGGGAACGACACAACGAAACAUCACUCACUCCUGGACGUCGGUGACCAAGAUGAAAAUCAAGCUACCAUAAUUUGGGUUAAGGUGUUAGAGAAUCUCAAUGUACCAAUGCGUGAGAUUCUACAUUCCCAUACCCUUGUAAGAUCAUUUAUCCGCCACGCUUGGUAUAUAGAUAUUGCCAAGGUGCAAAACGAAUUGCUGGAAUAUGCGACCUUAUUUAUCGGACACGACGACGACGUAGCUUAUGCAUCUGCCAUCCUUGGUUAUAUCGACUCUAUAUGUAUCCAGUUGAUGUUAGAAACCUAUGUACAUCGUCAUCCUUGUUAUCAUUCUGACGCCGUUGUUGUAAGUCACUAUAAUCGCCUGCGUGUGAUUAUCAAUUGCUUGCUUGAUGCACGCAAAGAAUUGAUUGCCAUAUUCGAUCAACUGCCUCCGAAACGUUUUAUAAAGUUUGGGACUUUU